AGAAUGGUUGCUUACCUCCCUGUAUAUAAUGCCAUAAAACCCCGCCAUCUUGCAACUAAACCUUCUCCACCCUCUUUGUUUUAUCACAAAUUCAAGCCUUCCAUCUUUCAAGACUAAAAGUUGAGGAAGUUAUUGUACAUUAAUUUGAUCAAUGGAAAGUAACUUUUGUGAGGAUGUGAUUCUACCCCAAACAGUGGUAGAAGCAAUAUCUAGAAUUUGUCGUGAGCAGAACCAACCUCCACUUGCCUCCUCAACGAGGCGGGCGCUGGCUGAUAUAGGCGAAGAAGUAUCUUUAAGGAUUCUAGAGAAAAUCCAACGGACGUCAAUUCGUUUUUCAUUUGAUGGAUUUGUUAUGGCUAUGAUCAACCAAGAACUAAACAACAACGGCACCCCUCACAAACGACCAAGUUCUUCUUCUCAACUUGACUGUAGCCCCUUGCCUUCUCCCAUCAAAACUCUCCGUCUUAUGAUGAAUUCUCAAGUUGAUUUAAGGGGACAUGAUGUUAUUCAGACUCCAGAUACCCGUCCUUUAAGUUCUUCACUUGUCAGAAGAGAAAUGUUUAGCCCUCAAUUGGUGACUUUAGGGGAGCUUGAAUUCAGAAAAGCUUUCCUAAUUUUAAGUUACAUUGGCUCGGAGAGGUUGGAAGAAGUAAUCACUGCUGAUGAAAUUCGAAGAUUAAAAGAUUUGGCAAUGGAUAAAUUUGAGGAAGAGGUCUGGGUUUCUCUGGGCCAACAUUAUGCUCCUGCCGAUCGAUGUCAGUCAUCUGAGUGGGAGUCUGGAAAAACAUAUCAAUACCACUGUUAUGUCUCUGAAAAUGGGAGUUGUAGGUUCAAGGGCCCUUUUUUGGAGAAGACUAGAAGUCAUUUACAAAGGGUUUUAGGAGAUGAUAAUGUUCUUGUUGUUAAGUUUGCAAAUGUCACGGAUGGUAAAAGUUCAGCUGGCAAUGAUUUUUAUGCGGAGUACAAAAAAAUUGCAAAAGGAGGAAUCCUCGUUGGUUUGCGUUAUUACAGGUUUUUUGUGUUUAAGGAUGGAGGCAAAAAAGCAAGAAAGAAAGACCGGACUACCUCAUCUGUUAGGUGCUUAUUUGUUCGGUUUGAGUCUAAUGCAUCCAUUGAUGAUGGUAAAGAUUAUGUUUUAUCUGGCAAGACAAUUCAAGAAGCCAGAAGUGUGUUUAUGCAUGCCCAUACCCUGUCCAAUGUGGCCAAGUAUAUGGCCAGAUUUUCACUAAUCUUGUCCAAGACCAUGAAGUUGGAAAUUGAUUUAGCUGAUGUAAAUGUUAUGGUGAUAGAUGAUAUACCUUGCCAGGAUAAAUAUGGAAAUUUGGUGUGUAAUAAAGAUGGAGAAACUUGUAUCCACACUGAUGGAACUGGUUAUAUAUCGGAGGAUUUGGCUUUGAAAUGCCCAAAAAAUGUCUUCAAAGGAAGUGUUGUCAAUGGUGACAAUGUUGAGGGGAAGUUUUCAGACAUGAAACGGACAGAAUCUCACCAUAGGGUACCGCCUUUGCUAGUCCAGUUCCGCCUUUUUAACAAUGGUUCUGCUGUCAAGGGAACCGUCCUUGUCAAUAAAAAGCUUCCACCCAGAACCAUUCAAGUUCGGCCUUCGAUGAUUAAAGUUAAGCCAGAUCCGAAUCUGUCAAAUAUCUGCACUAGAAAUUCACUGGAAGUAGUUAAAACAAGCAAUCAACCAAAGAAAACUUCUCUUUCAAGGAAUUUGAUUAUGCUCCUUAGCUAUGGAGGUGUCCCAAAUGACUUUUUUAUGGACAUCUUGAAGAAUGCCUUAGAAGAGUCGCAAAGUGUUUUCUCCAACAAACGCACAGCUCUUAAAGUUUCUCUUAACCGAGGCAGCAUGGAUGAUCUCAGUGCAGCAAAAAUGAUUUUAUCAGGGAUCCCCCUUGAUGAAUCAUAUUUACAACAUAGGAUGUCAAUAAUGUUGAAUGAAGAAAGGAAGGGUCUGCUAGGAGGAAAGCUCCCUAUGACUGAGUCUUAUUAUUUAAUGGGCACUGUUGAUCCAUCUGGAGUCCUAGAAAGUGAUCAAGUCAGCAUUAUCUUGGAUGAUGGACAGAUUUCUGGGAAAGUGCUAGUGUAUCACCAACCCGGUAUACAUUUUGGAGAUAUACAUGUGCUAAAUGCUAGAUAUGUGGAAGCCUUGAAUGAAUAUGUAGGACAUGCUAAGUAUGCUAUAUUCUUUCCUUGUAAAGGCAGACGCUCAUUGGCUGAUGAGAUGGCUGGGGGUGAUUUUGAUGGUGAUAUGUAUUUCGUAUCAAGAAAUCCCCAGUUAUUGGAUUACUUCAAAAUGAGUGAACCCUGGAUAGACAAUUCUUCAACUUGUGGAGUGCCUACUAAAGGACCACUUGAGUUUUCAGAUGAGGAGCUGGAGGAUGAGCUCUUCAAAUUAUUCUUGAGAACUAGGUUUCAGCCAAGUUAUGCUAUGAGUGUUGCAGCUGAUAAUUGGAAGGCAAUAAUGGACCGGUUUCUUACACUGGAAGAUAGCAAUUCUGAUGAGAAGGCUCUUGUGAAACAAAACCUGCUAAGCUUGAUUAAUUUAUACUACGAGGCUUUGGAUGCACCAAAGACAGGAAAAAAGAUUGAAAUUCCAGAAGACUUGAGGGCAGCUGCAUUUCCUCAUUAUAUGGAGCGGGAAAAAGAAUAUUCUUUCAAAUCAACAUCUAUAUUGGGGAAAAUGUAUGACUUCGUCAAAUCAUACAACGAAGAACUGUCAAAGAAAGAAGUUCGGAAGCUACCAUGUUUCAACGUUGGCUUUCCGGGAGAUUGCAGAGAAAAAUGGACUGAACUUUAUAAGCAAUACAGGAAGGACAUGACGGAGGCUUUGGAUGCCGAGAGCAAAGAACAGAAAGAAGAGGCUGCUAACGCUGUUUAUAACAAAUACAAAAAGAAAUUGUACGGAGCUGCAGAAUUGGAGCAGAGACAAAGGCCUCUCGACCAGAUUUACGAGGAGGCAGUGGCUAUUUAUAACAUUUCCUAUGAUUAUGCCAUCAGAAAGGAAGACGUAAGCAAAUGCGCAUUUGCUUGGAAAGUUGCAGGCUCAGCCCUGUUAAGUUUGUAUUGCUUGGAGCAAGGUGAAAAUACCUUGUCAUGUGCACCUUCUGUUUUGAAAGACCUCUUUGCUUGAACUAAUGUGCUUUGUAAUUGGCUAAUGAUAUAUGCUUUCAAACGUUCAAGUUAAAAAGAAACUUAUCUGUAUAUGUAGUUUAUCAUAUCCUGAAGCAUAUGAUUUUUGUUUCUUUUUAAUUUGUGGAGGGAAGCCUUCAAAAUACUCACUUCUGUGGGAAAGGUCAAAAAAGAUGAUGCUUUUCCUUUUCCUUUUCCUUAUCCUUAUCCUUAUCCUUAUCCAUGUCCAAGCAAACAUUACUUGGAGAUAAAGCUGCCAAAUAAGUGUAACAGAAAAGGGCUUUUUUUUGAGGGAAUUAUAGG